UUAGUGUUGCUCAGAAGAGAGCCUUCUUAUUUUCUUCACCUCUUCAGUUUGUGUCAAACUUUGGCCUUGGCUCACCUCGAAAUGCUCCUAGCUACUGCACUGCUGAGCACUAGCACUAGUGCACUGAUGAGUAGACUCGACGACGUCAAUUAUUUUCAUCUGUGACCAGAGCUUGCAGAGUUGAAUGAUUCUUGCAAAUAUUUUCCUCCACAUAUUUCGGUGCAGCAGUCGCUACCUAGUAGAUCUACUUGGUGUUAGAACGCUACGUCUUCGGCAGUGAGCGAUUUCGAAUUAAUUUCCUGUAUCGUGAGAUGGUGGAGAGUGCCCGUGGCCCGGGAUACUCCGCGAGUUGCUGUUCGGUGUGCUGACUCGGCAACUCUAGAAAGAAAGCACAUAUUUAUUCGAGAAUUCCCGUGUUCUGUGUAGCGCUUUCAUUGGCCUGCCGUGUGGUAGGUAGCUCUCGAGUAGUGCGUUCAGCUCCCUAUCAGGUAAUUAGCGCGUUCAGCAUGGAGCGGAGGUAGCAGACGCAUCGUGCAGUACUAAGUGAACGUAGCUCUGCAGGGAAUACUCAGGUAUUGGUCAGCACCAGGGCCUGAUGCUGAUGCAAGACCAAUCUGGAGUGCAACCUGCAAUACUUGACUGCUUGUGGAGAAUCAGGUGGAACUGAGUACGCUGGUAGUACGCUGGUACACCAGGCUGCAGUGGACUGCUGCCACACGGUCACGGCCGGUGUGGGCCGGUGUUGUAUAUCUUGUGCAACUUCUGUGCUGAACAAAAAACUAGCGGUUUAACGACGGCAGCUCUGAGUGGCAGCAAUACUGAGGACUCACUGCUGGUAUGGCUUUAGUGGAAACCAAGACGUUGCCAAAUCGUCUUGUUGACUAUGUGCUUGUAGUGGGAUCUGCUGACGUUCCUCCAAACAAGGAUGGUGGCGUCAACACUCCCAAGCUACUGCGGCGUAUUCCGGAGGCAGACAUACACAACUCGCCACUUCCGCCAGAUGUCGUGUUUUUCUGUCAGCCCGAUGGCUGUUACACGGCGGAGAUGACGCAUACGGAAAUGCUGGAGCAGCAGAAACUCUUCCUCUUCUGUUUGACGGAGAAGGAUUCGAAUGUGAAGCGGUUUGGUACUUGUUUGAAUUUUUUCCGACCGUGCAGUGAACUGGAUAUGCCAGACUUAUCACCAGUAGAUGACCAGGCUGAUCAGGGUGCUGAUACGGCUGAGAGAAUUCAUCAAGAAAGACUAUCACCGUUGCACGAAGAAGACACUAGCGCUGCGGUACAGCUGGAUGAAGCUGAGUCUUCUGCUGCUGCUGCUGCUGGUGUGCAUGAGGCGUUUGCACAUGGCAGUAGUGUUUCGUCUGAUGGUGGCGUGUCAUCAAGAGCUGACGACAAUGAGAAAUGCCUGGGAGUACUGACGUCAGUGUGUCUGCUAAGUCACCAUGGAUUCUUCUCUACGUUCAAGGAGAUUUUGAUGACAUUCCGUGAUCUAGUGGAAGGCUGUCAAGUGCACGGCGAGACUGUGUUUGACAUGGAGAGUGGCUGGCGCCGUUUGAUUGAUCCAUCUCUGGUGGAAACUGAUCAAGUGGCUGCUGAUCUGAUCAACUGGAUCCAUGGUUUGUUGAAUGCGCCCACACCACAGCCAGGCUUUACAUGCGUGGAGAUAGAGCUGGCCAUAAUGCCCACUCUAACACUGGCCUACCCUGAUCCCAGUCGGUUUCCUCUUGUAGACUUCCCGCUACAUCUGCCUGUUGAUCUUCUUGGUCCUGAUCGUCUCAUUGAAGUCUUGGUUAUUGUCAUGUUGGAAAAUAAGGUUGUGUUUCAAUCACGUGACUACAACCUGCUAUCAAUGUGCGUGAUGGCCAUCAUCUCACUGCUAUUCCCUUUGGAGUACCUGUUCCCCAUCAUACCUCUCCUGCCGACGUCCAUGCCCAAUGCUGAGACAUUGCUCUUAGCUCCUUCGCCGUAUGUCAUUGGUGUACCAGCUAGCUUCUUUCAUCCAGCACGCGGUGUUUGCUUACCUGAAGACGUGUAUCACAUCGACCUAGAUUCCGGACAGAUUGACAGACCGGAUAGUCUGCCAGCAAUUCCAUUGCCACCAGAGAAACUGCUUCGUACGUUGAGGAACCGGCUGGAAAGGUGUCUGGAAGUGAUCCACACCAUGCGAUUUCCCUCAUCACCCCUACCUUCCACCAAGGAAUCUAGAGGACACAACUCCUCCAAGCCAUACACAUCAUCGUCAGCUGAUCCAUCGUCCAAUAUUGAUGAGACCGGAUUGUCGAUUCAUGGCGACGUUGCUGCUGGUGCUGCUGCUGAUAGUUGCGCGUCGCCUGCUGGCAAGAAGCCCAUCAUACAAGGCCCUAAGAAGUUAUCAGGAACACAGGUGGACAGCAAUACGCAUCCACUUGUUGAUUCUCCAGCAUCGUCACCCUGGUCUAUGUCUGGGUCCAGUAGGUCACGCAUUGCAACAGGGAUUGCAGCGAGGACUUCUGCUAAUGAUAUGGGUACCGGUGGUGGUGGUGGUGGUGGUGGUAGUGCUGAUCAAGCCGACAAAACAACCUCUCUGACCAGAUCUGAGAGUAGUUUAUCUGCUGCCACUAUUGCUGCUGCGGCAGGAGCUGAUGAAAUUGAUGGUUCCCUAGCUGCUGAUAUUGUGGCGGUGGACGUGAACAUUAGAGUUGCCUUUGUGCAGUUCAUUCUUAAUGAUGAUGUCCUGGCCAACUACCGGCGAUUCCUGCGAACAAUCCGUCUGCACUCCCGUCCAGUUGUUAUGUUACAGAAGAAUGGAUUCUUGGCUUCGGUCAGGAGUGGUGCAUCUUCUUUCUUGUCAUCUCUAGCAUCCACACAGGCGUUGGAGACUUUUGGAGAGUUUGAGUUGAACCCAUCCACCACUGUUCAUUGGAGAGUCCAGCAAGGUAUAACACGUGCAGUGUUGAUUGGUGAUAAGCAUAAGUGGUACAAAGACAAGCUCUCUGUGCAGCACUACAGUGUGUAUGAAGGCUGUGAAUCGCUCAGUGCGGCCAUGUUACAAGCUAAGUCGGCAACAGCGAAGUCUGAUGAUGACAAUAGUGAUGAAGAAGACAUCUUCGAUUCUGAUAGCAGCUGGAGCGGUGAAUCGUCCAGUAAUUCUUCUCUGAUUCUGAUCACUGAUGAAGAGUUAGUUGGUGAUGAUGGCCCGCAGACUGUCAAGGUGGUGCGGCGUGGAAUUGAAGAAGCAGUACUGCCUGCUACGAUAGGCUCUGGUGCAUACUGGAAUGCAAGCAAUGACAACAGCAGCUCAGCAGGCAGCAGUCACCAGUCACCCUCAGCUUCUGCUGCAACAGCAGCAGCAGCAUCAUCGUCAUAUGCUGAUAGAACCGGUGGCAUAGUGCAGCAUGCAACAUUGCCAUCAGUCAACUUCACCAAGGCCAGCUCUUCUUCCCAAUCCUCAUCCACUUCACGGUCAUCCGCUGCUCGGUCACACAGUGACGCAUCGGAAAUAGUUGAUUCCCCGCACUCUGCCAAGGCUGUAGAUUUCUCACCAGGUGCUGAUUCUACCAAUACUGCUGAUAUCUCCAUGGUAACCACACUCUCCAUGGUAACCACACACACCUCACCCCUGCAUGAUCUCACUCAGUCAUCAGGUAACUGUAGUUGUGACGAAGCAGCCUCUGCCAUUCCUACUCACUCUCAACAGGCGCCCGAGUCAUAUGCACCUGUGCAUGAUGUCAUUGAACAACCAGAUAGUGACAUCACUGGAAAGUCUGCAGCUGGUGAUGUUACUCUACCAUCUGCAGCUAGUGGUGAUGAUGUCACCGGGCGGCUUGCAGCUAGUGAUGAUGAUGUCACUGGGCAGGCUGCCGCUGGUAAUGACAUCGCUGUAGAACAUGGCAGAGUACAGGAUGUUGAGUGCAAUGCUGUGGUGGAUCGGACUGUGAGCAGUACAGCACCACCAACACAGAAAGACACUGGCGAGAAGUCCGAAUGCACGUCUCCUUCCUUCUCUGAGAAUAAGCUGCCUGAAAGCUCUGUGCCUCCUUCCGCUGGUGAAACCCAGGAAGGUAGCCAGAGUGCUCACGGUGAUACUAAAUUGGAGGAAACCGUUCCAGCCACCGAUGAUGAUGAUACAUCUGACAAUGUGCCGGCGUCGUCUGCAGCAGCGCAGGGUGAGGAUACUACCGAUUUCUUCGCAGCUAAUGCAGCUGUGCGCCAAGUCAAGUUCUCCUUUCCUUCAUCACAGGACAAAAGUAGUGGCUCAGAGGACUAUGUUGUUCCGCCGUUGGUCAAGCAGUACAAACACAUGCGUCCAUCACAAUCACCAGGCAGUGAUUUUGAGAUUGUCUUACCACCGAUUGAUUACCCGGAAACUUCUCAACAGUUACCCAUCGUACAGAAGCUAGCCGAGGAGUUUGACUCGGUUUCUGAUGCGGCGAUGGGUUUCAUCGGUACCACAGCAGAGCAAACAGCCAUAGCUAGUACAGAAGCGGCAACGGCAGAAGGAGCAGCAGACACGUCACAGCGCGGCGAUUCUUUUGCUCCUGCAAGUAAACCUGAUCAAACACGUCUGAGACAGAUUCGUCUUGUGAGUCGUCAUUCCAAGAAGAAAGUUUCCCAUCACAAUGUUGUUGCCGGUAGAGAUGACUACUUGCAGCACGGGCACAGUGCCAGCGUUGAUGAUAGUCUAAAUCAGCGCGGCCACAGCAAAUCAAGUAAAACAUCACAGCGCACAACAGGUACAUCAGCCGCUGCCUUCUCACCGUUGCAUACGCAACUGACUCGCAGAUCUAGCAACUUCAUCAGACGACCAUUACCUAUGCGAUCGCGAUCACUCAGUUUCAAUCACAGAGUGGAUUGCUCCACUGGACGUGCACUAACACCUGAUACAGACCUAGCUGAGGAUCUAUCUACUGAGUCAAACUAUGAUGAGGCAGUGUUUGGAUCUCGCCUUGGUCACGGUGACUUGCUGCAAGAAAGACAAGUAUCGGAUAUGGAGACACGCUGGAUGAAAUCACAGAAGAAAUACUUUGCCGCUCCGUCUAACGGGGACGAGAACCUCUUCAAUCCUUUCCCAACAUUACGGCGCAGCCUCACUGAUAAAAGCAAGAUAUUGCCAGCAUCUAAACGUCUGAACAACUUCACUUUGGAGCAGCCAACAGACCUUGUCAAUACCAGUGACAAUCAGAGUUUCCUGUACGAAGUAACGACGGGUGUGCUGGAUGGUCGCGGCAUACCCUGGUUGAAGCAGAGAAGAGUAGAUCGGCUGUUGAUGACGGAGUGUUUGCGACAAACCGUGCUCAACACCAUCAGUGAGGCUACUGGCAUUGCAUCAUCUUCCAGCGGUGUGCCGGAUAUCUGGUUGUACAAGCCGGUAUAUAAAGGUGUGCAUGCGUUGCUCAAGUCCAUUCUCAAUGGUAUUGAGAGUACUGUAUCAGCAGGUGGCCAGGAACCAAUUGCGUCCAGUUAUCAUUUUCUGGAGCUCUGUUACUCGCAUUUCACUGGCAAGUUUGUGGAGUCAGAGAAAGGCACUCCACAGCCCAUCACCACUCUACGACAGUGUUCGGCAGGUGAAACUGAGACAACUGGGACAUUGGAGUCGACAACUGCAAUAGAUGCAAGAUUGCGAAAGACCAGUGACUCUGUGUUGAUUGAUGCAGACAGCAGCUCAGCACAGGAGAUGAAAUACAGAGCUCUCUCGCUUCCACCUCAGGCACUGCCACUAGAUCAACGCGCUGGUGGAUUUCCUGAUCGUUCACCGAAGACAGGUCGUGUCUCACCGCUGGGCAGAACGUCAGGUAAAGAUGGUCUAAUACGGCGUGCUACUCCACUACCGAACAUCAUCCACCCAGCAACAAAGGCUGAGGAAAGUCGAUCUGCUGCUGCCGCUAUUGCUGCUGCCGCCACCGCUGCUCAUCAGUCAUCACACAAGACCUCACCUGUUCUUGAUAGAAAGCAGCUCAAGUCCAAAUCAGAUUUGUCUCCUGACAGUGGGUCAUCGAGGAAGGAAGAUGGAUCAGAUCGCAGGUAUCUGUAUGAGGAGUUCAUAGGCAAGCAGCGCAGUGCAUUGUGGGACAAGAUGGGAUUCUGGGAGACUUUGUUUGGUGAUAUUGUAGCACAAGAGAGACAAGCCAUGGGUCUUAAUGACAAUCCAGUACAGCUGAUUGAACGGUUCCGUCGUCUCAGCUCUGUCGAUCGUGUGUGCUUGGAACAUGAAGAAGACCUGGCCCUAACUGGUCUACUUGUCAACAUGGCAGCAUUCAUGGUUGCCAUGGGAGCUGAGCAUGGUCAGAUCACCAAUAAGAUUCGCCGUCUUGUUGGCCGUGCCCAUAUAGGUCUGCAGUUUAGUCAACAUGUCUAUGACAUUCUGCGUGUACUCAAGCCAGCUAAAGGAAAUGCGUUUGAAUUGUGGCCGUUGCGCAGUCGCCAGAUUAAUCGUCAGAUGUUCAUGGUACACCAAGGCCGCAACAGAGAUGGAGACAUGUGCAUUAUGGAGAUCUCCGACUUGGCUAUUGUGGUUAAUGACUGGACAGGUGAAGUGAGGCAGAGGUGGUUCUAUGAGAACAUUGUUCGUGCCAACUACCAUCCCAACUCUUGUGUCCUGGGCAUGUGGGUGCGAGAAAGUGACGGUGUCAUACCAUACAAUUUUUGGUGUGUCAAAAAGGGCCGGCAACUUUAUGAUGCUGUAGAACAUUACAUCACUGGAUCUUCUGCGCCGACUGUGUUUGGAAGCAGUGUAACUGGGCAGUUUCCUGUGCGUAAUGCUGCCAGUCAAGAAGCUGCUAUCCUGACUUUAUCGCCAGACGGUAUUCUGUGUCGCUACACUACGGGACGUGCUGACGUCAUGUAUGAGCUUGGCAGCAUAGCAGACUGUGCUGAGGAGAGUGAUGUAUUUCUGCUCAAGACUGUGAAUGAGGAUCAUGAUGUCACGGAACACAGGUUUGAAUCAUUACAAGUCCAGCAGAUUGUGCAGACAAUGAUGAACAUCUUCUCGGUGUCUGCUGCUGGCAACCAGUCUACGAGCAACACUACAUCACCAUCCUUGCAGGACAGUAGUAGUAGUAAUGCUGGCAGUGGCAAUGCUUCAGAUCAGCAGCUCACCACCACUGAUGAGCAGUACUCAACCGGUGCAGUCCUGCUGCAAUCUUCACAUUCUGCUGCUACUGCUACUGCUACUGCUACUGCUACUAGAUUGGUUCAAGCUGGACAUGACGCCGCCAGAACUAGAGCUGUGUCCGGUGAGCAAGAGUUGCGUUCUCAGGUAUCUGCUGUUGCUCCUGCUGCUGCUGCUGCUGCUAAUGCCAUACACCAAUCUAUGAUCACUCCUUUGUCGUCAGGAGCUGGUAGUAAGACAUACUACACGGACGGAGGUGGUUCUAGUGACGAUGACAAGUGAUGACAAGUGCUGUCAUGUGAUGACAAGUGAUGAUAGUGCUGUCAUGUGAAGCACUCGUUUGCUCUAUCUGACAGCAGUCAUCCUGAUUUUGAUUCCGUCGGUUUGUGUUUGCUCCAAGCACAGUGAAGUGCUUGGACCGCCAGCAGCACCAUGCUGAUGAGCUCUCGCUACAGAACAAUGAACUGCUAGGCAUUUGUCUACCCCUUCAACUCAUUCAUCUGAAUUGUUAACUGACAGUUUGGACACACGUGCGCGUGCGUGUGUGUGUACAUGCGUGUGCGUGCGUGCAUGCAUGCAUGUGUGUAAUCAUAUCCUGACCAUCCACCCACACCUGACCAUCCCACCUGUACUCUAGUAUUAGCCACAGCACUGGUGCAGCAUAGCUGUGAUUGUUUUUGAUUGUUUUUUUUCAGCUAAGAUUGUCCUAUUGUGAUUUUCAGAAAUAGAAGUUUUGAUACGAACUUAGACUCGUUGGAACAACCAACUUCAAACGUUUUGAUAGUUAUUUCUCGUUGUCUCAUCAAAACUCAUGCUGUUAUCUCCAUUCAGAAUUAUUGAUUGCCAUCUUCUUCCUUUGGUAUGUUUACGUGUGCUCUUGCCAAGUGUCAUUUUCCAUCUUCUGAUUGUAUUUCACCAUUGUGGGUUUUUCCCCACUCUGUCAGUGUUCCCUGACACUGUGAUAGCUCUUGCACAAACUAACCCUGCUCUAAAGCAUUGCAAGCAUUCCUAUGGUCUCUACCACUCAGUCUAAGAGAUUUCCAAUACAUUCAGUGUCACCAGGUGGA